AUGGGUAUAAGGAAGCGCUAUCAUUUCAAUUCAGCUAAAAUUUACUGUUCCCUUUUCCUCUUCACCUCUAUCCCCUACAGUUCUCUUUUUCCCAUAAGCGAUAUGCACAUACCUACGCAAAAAUUGAAGCUGAAAUACUUGAAACAAGUUCCUCAGCGGAGCAAGAUGAGAACACAAGGUGAAGGAACUUCUCAGGACAGAACUACACAGCAUGUUUUGUCUAGUCUCCAUACAUUUAGUCCGACUGGUAAGAGCAUGGAAACCAUCGAGGGCUCCAUUCAAGUGAUGUCUCCAAUUAUCAUGGACACUAUAAGAGAUCUACCUCCCCUCGAUUUGAAGGAGUUACAGCAACGACCUGGAACAAGGCAGAUAAUGCCUAGAACUGUGAUAUCUUAUAUCAGUAAGGUGAGUGGAUUGAAGAAGGAAGUGCUUCUGGCCUCGAGGCGGCCUCCCUAG